UUCGCACGCAGUUGGGGAAACGCAUGCGCUUUUUGGUUUUGCAACCAUAUGUGAGCAACAGCGGUAAGCAGGCGAGGAUCUGGAACAUUUCAAUACUGAUUCCAGCAAUCAAGGAUAAUGGGAAAGAAACAGAAAAACAAGGGCGAAGACAGCUCCAAAGAUGACGGCAUCGACAUCGACGCCCUCGCUGCAGAGAUCGAGGGGGCCGGGGCGCCCAAGGAACAGGCCAAGGGGCGGGCCAAGAAGAAGAAAGGCGGGAAGAAGGAGGAGUUUGACGAAGAGGACAUUUUGAAAGAGCUGGAGGAACUCUCUAUAGAUACCGAUGGAGCCAAACCCAGUAAAGAGCCAGCUGCGGGCAAGAAACCUGAUGCCACAGAGGAGGCGGAGCCAGAGCCUAGCUCCGCCCCAACAAAGGCGGAGAAGAAAAAGAUGCGCAAGGGAAAGAAGGGAAGCUUCGAGGAUGAGGAUGGUGAGGACGGGCGGAGUGUCGGGGAGGCGGAGAACGACGGCGGCCAGAGGGACAAGGCCAAAACCGCCGCCGCGGCCUCGGACUCCGACGAAGACGGCUCCAAGCCCAGGAGGAAGAACAAAGCGGGAAAGAAGGGGAACAGGAAACAGCUGUCUGAUUCUGAGGAAGAGGAGGAGGAGGAGCGCGGGGGCACGGACAAGGCCGGGGUGGGGGAGGACUCGGACGAUGACUCCGCCCAACUGCCGUCAAAGGCCCGUGGCCACGGCAACCAGAAAGGUAAAGGGAGGGCGGACAGCGGUGGAGAGGACGAGGGAGCUGAGGAAGACGAGGGCAACUUUAAGAUGAAGACGGCGGCGCAGAAGAAGGCGGAGAAGAAGGAACGCGAUCGCAAGAAGAAGGAGGAGGAACGAGCCAAGCUGCGGAAACAGAAGGAGAAGGAGAAAGAGAAAGAGGAGGAGACUGAGAAGGUCACUGAGGCCAAGCCCAAGAAGGAAGCUGCCAAGAAGGAGCCGGAGGCUGCCCCUCCUGCCGUAGCAACAGUUGCCGAGGACCAGGAAGGAGCCGAAGCCCAAGGGGAUGAGGAGAUGGAGGGAGACAAGAAGAAGAAGGACAAGAAGAAGAAGAAGGGAGAGAAGGAGGAGAAGGAGAAGGAGAAGAAGAAGGGCCCGAGCAAGGCGGCAGUGAAGGCCAUGCAGGAGGCGCUGGCCCGGCUGAAGGAGGAGGAGGAGCGAGCCAAGCAGGAGGAGGAGGCCAGGAUAAAACGCCUGGAGGAGCAGGAGGCUCUCAGGCUGGAGCAGGAGCGUCUGGAGCAAGAGAAGAAGGAGAAGAAGAAACAGAAGGAGAAAGAGAGGAAGGAGAGGUUAAAGAAGGAGGGGAAACUGCUGACCAAGGCGCAGAAGGACGCCCGAGCGAGGGCUGAGGCCACCCUCAAACUGCUGCAGGCGCAGGGUGUGGAAGUGCCAUCCAAAGAUUCCGUGCCAAAGAAGAAGCCGGUUUAUUCGGACAGGAGGAAAAAGAAACCAACCACAGCGCAGACGCCAGAAGAAGCGUUGGAGGUGACAUCGCCCACGUCUGAUGUGCCAGAGCCCAUCUCCAGCGAGGUGGAGGUGGAGGUGAAGACCCCCGAGCUGGAGCCAGAGAAGGAAGAGAAGGCAGUGGCCGCUGAUGCUGUGGAAGACUGGGAGGCCAUAGCCAGCGAUGAGGAGAAGGAGAUGAAGAAAGUGCACAUUGAGGUGAAGGAGACACCUCAUGAGGAAGAGGAGGAGGAGGCCAGUGAUGAGGAUGAGGACGAAGAGGACGAAGGGGAGGAGGAAGAUGACGAGGACGAGGAGGAUGAAGAGAGCGCGGCGGAGGAAGAGGAAGCACCAGCACCAGCACCAGCACCAGCACCGCCACGCAGCAGGAGGAAGAGCGGGAGGGAGCAGACCUCAGACUCCAGCAGCGAGAGCGACUCAGACGACGGCCGCAGCAAAGAGGAGAGACUGUACGACAGAGCCAAGAGACGCAUAGAGAAACGGCGGCAGGAGAACAUGAGGAACAUAAACCAGGAUAAGCUGCGUUCCCCGGUGGUGUGUGUGCUGGGCCACGUCGACACCGGGAAGACCAAGAUCCUGGACAAGCUGAGGCACACGCACGUGCAGGACGGGGAAGCGGGGGGCAUCACGCAGCAGAUCGGGGCCACCAACGUCCCCCUCGAAACCAUCGUUGAACAGACCAAGAUGGUGAAGAACUUUGACAGGGAGAACAUUAAGAUUCCAGGAAUGCUGAUUAUUGACACGCCAGGACACGAGUCCUUCAGUAACCUGAGGAAUCGGGGCAGCUCGCUGUGUGACAUCGCCAUCCUGGUGGUGGACAUCAUGCACGGGCUGGAGCCGCAGACCCUGGAGUCCAUUAACCUGCUGAAGGAGAAGAAGUGCCCCUUCAUCGUAGCCCUGAACAAGGUCGACCGCCUGUACGACUGGAAGAAGAGUCCGGAAACGGACGUGGCGGCCACGCUGAAGAAGCAGAAGAAGAACACCAAAGACGAGUUCGACGAGAGGACCAAGGCGGUCAUCCUGGAGUUCGCCCAGCAGGGCCUGAACGCCGCGCUCUUCUUCGAGAACAAGGACCCCCGCACCUUCGUCUCCCUGGUGCCCACGUCCGCCCACUCGGGCGACGGCAUGGGCAACCUGAUCGCCCUGCUGGUGGAGCUGACCCAGACCAUGCUGGCGCGGCGGCUGGCGCACUGCGACGAGCUGCGGGCGCAGGUCAUGGAGGUUAAGGCGCUGCCGGGCAUGGGCACCACCAUAGACGUCAUCCUGAUCAACGGGUGUCUGCGGGAGGGGGAGACCAUCAUCGUCCCGGGCGUGGAGGGCCCCAUCGUCACCCAGAUCAGGGGCCUCCUGCUGCCCCCGCCACUCAAGGAGCUGCGCGUCAAGAAUCAGUACGAGAAGCACAAGGAGGUCUCCACGGCGCAGGGGGUGAAGAUCCUGGGGAAGGACCUGGAGAAGACGCUGGCGGGGCUCCCCCUGCUGGUGGCACACAAGGAGGACGAGAUCCCGGUGCUGAGGGAUGAGCUGGUGCGGGAGCUGAAGCAGACGCUGAGCUCCAUAAAGCUGGAGGAGAAGGGUGUGUAUGUGCAGGCCUCCACCCUCGGCUCCCUCGAAGCCCUGCUGGAGUUCCUCCGCACUUCCAAAGUGCCAUACGCCGGCAUUAAUAUUGGCCCCGUACACAAGAAGGAUGUGAUGAAGGCGUCGGCCAUGCUGGAGCACGACCCUCAGUAUGCGGUGAUCCUGGCCUUCGACGUGAAGGUGGAGCGGGAGUCUCAGGAGAUGGCCGACAGCCUGGGCGUGCGAAUCUUCAGUGCCGAGAUCAUCUACCACCUGUUCGACGCCUUCACCAAGUACAGGGAGGACUACAAGAAGCAGAAACAGGAAGAGUUCAAACACAUCGCUGUGUUCCCUUGCAAACUCCGGAUCCUUCCGCAGUUCAUCUUUAACUCCCGGGACCCCAUCGUCAUGGGCGUGAUCGUGGAGGCCGGCGUGCUGAGACAGGGCACCCUGCUCUGCGUGCCCAGCAAAGGGUUUGUGGACAUCGGCAUCAUCACCAGUAUUGAGAUAAACCACAAGGCCGUGGACAGCGCCAAGAAGGGGCAGGAGAUCUGCGUGAAGAUCGAGCCCAUCCCCGGCGAGUCGCCCAAAAUGUUCGGCCGACACUUCGAGGCCACCGACAUCAUCGUCAGCAAGAUCACGCGAGCGUCCAUCGACGCGCUGAAGAACUGGUUCCGAGACGAGAUGCAGAAAUCUGACUGGCAGCUCAUCAUGGAGCUGAAGAAGACCUUCGAGAUCAUCUGAGCAGAACAGCAGGAGCACACACACAGAGUAUUCCACAAGAAAGAUCAGCUCACUCCUUACAACACACACAGACACACACACACACACACCUCUGCAUGUACGCUCUUUUUGGGGUGCAGGGCCUGCCCCCC